UUAUCUUCCCUCUUUUCCAAUCCGUAUAUGCAAAUAUAUGUAUUGAAAUUAUCUCGUGCCAGUUUUAAGACGAAGUGAAAAAAAUGUUGGUCUUGUUUAAAGAAAUCUCAAACAGAAUUAAGCCAAAAUUGGGCUCCCCUUGCAUCGACAAUUGGGUUUUCAAACUGCAUUAUCGCGCCACAACAGUGAUUUUCUUUGUUGCAACAAUUCUAGUAACGUCCCGAGAGUAUAUUGGAGAACAUAUCAAGUGUGUCAGUGAUUCGGUUAACAACAAGGAGUUUCACAAAGUGAUCGAAUCUUUUUGUUUCUUCAGCACUACGUUCACAGUUAUUCGUGACGAGUUUAAUUUCGGGUUUGGAGACCCACCACAUCCUGGCGUUUUCCCAUAUGGGCUUCUCUCCAAACCCCCAAUUCGCAAACACCUCUACUACCAAUGGGUGCCUUUUGUGCUGUUUGGGCAAGGGGUGAUGUUUAUGUUGACCCACUUCCUGUGGAAAAGCUGGGAAAUGGGACGGGUUAGGAAGUUAGUUUCCGGUUUGACUUAUUCCAGUCUCGCUUUUUUGGAAAAUUCGGUCAUGGUCGACGGGAAAUCCAUCCCUUCCAAGAAAGAAAAGGAAAUUACAAUUCGGAGGAUUAAGGACUCGUUUUUUGAAAAUGUGAAAAUCAACCGGGCUUGGGCCCCUCAGUUAAUUCUCUGCGAAAUUUUGAAUUUUGCAAAUGUUGGGCUUCAGGCCUAUAUCACUAAUAAGUUUCUUGGGGGGCAUUUUUACACCCUUGGGAUCAAAAUUUUCACUCAGGGGCACUCAAUCCUGGACGAUGUAUUCCCAAAAGUGACGAAGUGCACUUUCCACAAAUACGGCCCUUCCGGCACCGUGCAACUCCACGACGCCCUUUGCAUCAUGGCCCUCAACAUAAUCAACGAAAAAAUCUACAUUUUCCUCUGGUUUUGGUUCAUUUUCCUCCUUGUCCUUUCAGGCCUCGUCCUGGUUUGGCGUUUCGCUUCGAUUUUGCUCUAUUCCAAAAGCCCAGUUUUUGGCCGAAUUAUUUUCGGUUUUGGUGCCAAAAAGCUGAGUUUUUGGAAAUUGAAAACUGUGACUCGAAAAUUCACUUACGCAGAUUGGUUGUUUCUCAAGUAUUUGUCGAAGAAUUUAGACGGUUUAGUGUUUAGGGAAUUAUUUGGUCGCAUCUAUGAGCAGUUGGACGAUGGGGCCGUUUUUAUCGGGAAGGAGGAAAGUGGUAACAAAAAUGAUUGAAUUGGUGUAAUUAUAGGAAUUAGUUUUAAUCGCUGUAUAAACAAGUAACGGUACUUUGAAACGGCUGAUGACGGCUGUGUAAUUAUUUCUUCAAUACAGGACUUUGAUUUUCAAAAAAAUAUAUUAUUUAUGCAACCCAGAGUGAACUGAGUCAAAAUUUAAUAAACAGUAGUUCGAUAAAUCUCAAUCAAUUAUUCAGCGCUGGUUUAUAGUCAAUAAAAAACGGUAACUCGUUGACAGGUUUCUCUUUUCCGCUCAAUUACACACACGAAUACGUUCCUUGUCACAUUCUAAUUAACAUUAAUGGAAAACUGGAAAGUGCCCGAUUUUGGUACAAGUGGAGUAGUAAUUAAUUAGAAGUUCUAUGUUAAAGAAUUGACUCGAUAUUUGGUUAAAUAGCAAAUAGAAUUAAAAUUUCAGUAAUAAAAUAUUGCUUUGCAUUUUCAUCUUCGAUGAAAUGUUGUGUUGUGUUUCUGAAUAUGUAUAAAUGAUAGCUAGUAAUAAUUUCGUUUUUUAACAAAAACAACAAAAAUAUUUUAUUUUAAAAUAAACUUUUGAUGUGUCGAGUUUUUAAAUUGUGUUUUCGUUAAUCGUUUCCACGCCAAAAAAAUCCAUUGAGAAGUAAUACGUGUAUUACAGGUUUAAAAAAACUGCCUUCUGAAACAAUUAGGUUUGAUUGAAGUUUGAAUCAUUUUUGUGAGUGAUCGAUGUUUAAUAAUUUCGACUGAUUUUUCUCUCAGAAUUUAAUAAUGAAGUUGCUAAAUAUUGUAGCCACUUUAUGU